CUGAACAUCCAUAAUUCACAAACAACUAUGUAGUCGUAAGUUGUUACAGUUGUUGGUCACACAGACACUACCAAUGAACACCCACCGAUCUGUGAUGGAUUCUUGUACAACGGAAAACUGGAAACACUCUCUCCUCUACCUCACAUUCGUCCUUGCAAUUCUUCACAUUACACAAAGCCAUUUAUUACGUAAACUCUUCCUUGGUAACGAAACUGUGCGUAUCAAGAAGAUUCCUGAUCUUCCUCUACGGUUCCGUUCCGAUGGCACCUUCAAAAUCCUUCAGGUGGCUGAUAUGCAUUAUGGGAGUGGAAGCAUAACCCGGUGCAGGGAUGUGUUGGCUUCUGAGUUCGAGUUUUGUUCUGAUCUUAACACCACUCGGUUUUUGAAGCGCAUCAUUCAGGCUGAGAAUCCUGAUUUCAUAGCCUUUACUGGAGAUAAUAUAUUCGGAUCAAGUACCCCCGAUGCUGCAGAAUCUCUGUUUAAAGCCUUUGGUCCCGCCACAGAAUCAGGACUUCCUUGGGCAGCAGUUCUGGGAAACCAUGACCAAGAAUCAACUAUGAAUCGUGAAGAAUUAAUGUCCUUCAUCUCCCUUAUGGACUAUUCAGUCUCACAAAUCAAUCCGUCAGCUGAUAAUCUCACUGAUCCUACUAAAGGUGGCAUGAUGACAAAAAUUGAUGGCUUUGGGAAUUAUAACCUAAGAGUGUAUGGUGCCCCCGGUUCCAUGAUGACAAACAGCACUGUUUUGAAUCUCUUUUUUCUUGACAGCGGAGACAGGGCUGUUUAUCAGGGAAUUCGAACUUAUGGAUGGAUCAAAGACUCUCAACUUCAGUGGCUUCGUCGUGUUUCUCAAGAAUUUCAGGGACAAAAGCAGGAUCCUCUUCAUCCUACUGAUGCUAUUUCCCCAACUAAACCACCGGCACUAGCAUUUUUCCAUAUCCCAAUCCCAGAAAUUCCGCAGCUGUUCUACAAAGAGACUGUAGGCCAAUUUCAAGAGGGUGUGGCUUGUUCACGAGUGAACUCAGGGGUCUUGCAGACCUUUGUCUCCAUGGGAGAUGUGAAGGCUGUGUUCAUAGGCCAUGACCACACCAAUGACUUCUGUGGAAACUUGCAUGGCAUAUGGUUUUGUUAUGGUGGUGGCUUUGGAUACCAUGGCUAUGGGAAGGCUGGAUGGCCAAGGAGAGCAAGGAUUAUACUAGCUGAACUUCACAAAGGAAAAAUGUCCUGGAUGGACGUGAAGAGAAUCAUGACUUGGAAACGCCUUGAUGAUGAGAAGCUGAGCAAGAUUGAUGAACAAAUCUUAUGGCUUUCUAGAUGACCAUGCUACUAUUACAGUGCUAUUUUACACGCAUGCUAUCUGUAUUGCUAUUAUCUCCUUUGUGUUGUUCACGUUAUUAGUGGUGAUGCAGUAUUUUUUUAGAUCUUUUUGUUCAUUGUUAUUCUGUAUCCCUCUUGCAAUUAAGGUUUA